GAAAUUAUAACAAAAAUGGACGAACAGGAUUAUAAAAAUGUGAUUUUAUACUACGGUCGUGAAAAAUUGUAUCGCACUAUGCACCGCAUCAUUUUGGAGGCAAUGGCAAAGUAUACUGCAGAUGCCAGUUUCAGAUAUUUUAACGGAAUCGCACUGAUUCUUGAAGGAGUGAGGUUGCAAGAAGGUAUUCGGGAGCUGAACCAACUACAAGGAGACAAAGAAUUGGGAAUGGCUGUACUUUUAAGUUUAAUGUAUGCUCACAAACGGUGUAGCGUCAUUGAUAAGGAAGAGUUGGUGAGCCUGGACAGUAGGCUGAAAGAGGAACGAAAACGGCUAUCUUCAUUAUCUGCCUACUACUCAUCUUUAUUUCUGUAUCUAACGGGAAAAAUCGAUAAAGCACGAGAAUAUGCCGACAAAGCCCAAAGGUUAAGCCCUAACAAUCCGGAAAUACUGUCAUUAAAAGGAUGGUGUGAGUUAGUUUCUAACAAAAACCGAUCUUCAUUUAUUCUUGAACUGUUCGACAAGGCUCUUGAACAUGGGAAGCAAAUCGAUGCCAACAUUGGACAGGUACGAUAUCAUCAAUUAAACAACGAUUUCGAAGCAGCUAUUACUGUGUUAAACCGAUUAUCUGUGCGCUAUCCUGAUCUAAACAUACCACUGAUUGAAAAAAUGAGAUGUCACCUUUCCAAUUGGAACUGGGAUAAUGCGAUUGAGACGUCGACGAGGAUUCUCAACUUGGAACCGACAAAUUUAGAAGCACUACAAGUAAAAAUAAUAAUUCUCAUAGCUAAAGAUGGCAAUUGCACCAGCAGUGCUUCGGCUUUGCAAUACUUACUCACUACUAUGGAGAAAAUAGAGCCUGCGAAUGGGGAUCUUUUCAUGCGCAUGGGGCAACUGUUUUCGCGAAUAUGUGGAAGAAAUACUACAAUUCUAGCACACACCUACUCAUUUGUAGAGAAGGCCUAUAAACUCAAUUCAAGCAAUGCGGAAUACAUCACAGAGCUGGGUUAUCAAAAUGUUCUCCAGCAAAAGUAUAAAGAAGCAACAAAAUUGUUUAAAUUAGCCUCUAAACUAGACGAUAGCUCAAUGUAUGCUUUAUGUGGAUUAACAUUAUGCCAAAUGAUGGAAACAGGUAUCUCUGAACAAGUUUCUCAACAAAUUGAGUUUUUGACAGAGAUUCAAGGAGAGGAUAAAGUACCUUUACUUCUGCUGAUGUCUUCAAUGCUACUACAUGCGGAACACGACAAGGCAGUACAGCUUCUUGUUCAAGCCAGUGAAAUUCAGUUUAAGAAUUUAAACACACUAUCAUAUGGGCUGGAAUAUCUGAGGCAGUUCAAUCCAGAUUUCCUACUACAGUUAGUAAAAGAGCUUCUGAAGCAUGCUCCCGCGGACCAGAGUGCUGAUAUGAUGUCUGUAGAAUCGUUGCACCCAUCGCUAAGACACAGUGUAAAUAUAUUGGAUUCAAUUGUUAAAGCUUGUCCAGGUUUAGUAGAAGCUGCAUAUCUAUUGGCACGAGUGCAAUUUCUCAGCGGUGAAAUUGGCGCUGCUGCUGCAACUUUACAAAAAAUUCUUCAAGAAAUUGAUCCUACAUACUCAGAAGCCCAUUUGUUGAUUGCGCAUAUUCAUAUCCAGCAAAAAUCAUUCCAAAGAGCUGCACAGAGCUUGGAAAUAUGUCUUAGUCACGACUUUAAAGUUCGGGACAAUCCAAUGUACCACCUUUUGCUGGGAAUCGUAUACAAAAAUCAACAGCGUUACGAUGAAGCUUUAAAAAGCUUUUUCAUUGCAAUGGGAAUCUGUGGAAUUAAUUCCAAUGGCAGUCAAUGUAGACCGCCUUCCAAUAACAAAUCUGAUGGAAAAGCCCUUGGUGUAUCGGACAUGUUGACACUGUACUUGGAAGUUAUUAAUACUCAUGUUUUGAUGAAUCAAAACUCAGAGGCAUUGAAAUUGAUGCAAUUGGUUUCGACCGAGUUUUCAUCAACAACGGAAGAAGGAAGGCUAACCGUAGCAACGGCAGAUUUUUAUAUGCAUCAAGGAAAUUUCUCUAAAGCUAUUGAACUGCUGAAAAACAUUGGACCCAAUCAACCGUACUAUGUACAGGCGAAAACAAAAAUGGCUCAUUUUUACCUGGUUCAUAAGAAAGACCGUUUAGCUUAUGCUCAAUGCUUUCGAGAGUUGGUCUCUAACUGUCCGGGUCCGUCGAGUUAUUUGAUGUUGGGUGAUGCGUAUAUGUCAAUACAAGAAGCAGAUGAUGCCAUUGAAGCAUACAAACAAGCUCAUAAGCAGAAUCCAAGAGAUGCAUUGCUAGCCAGUAAAUUGGGAAGGGCUUAUGUGAAAACACAUCAGUAUAAGAAAGCAAUUUCCUACUACCAGGAGGCAAUCAACACACCGGAAAACAGUUUGCUUAAGCUUGAUUUAGCUGAGUUAUACUUGAAACUUAAAAAGUAUUCGAACGCAGAACAAACUUUGGUGGAUGAAAUUGAGCUCUCUAAAAAAGAAAAUGAGGAUAUUUCAAAACUUCAGACCAGAACAAAACAGCUUCUUUUAUUGGCACGAGUUCGAGAGAAAGCCGGGUAUUUAAGCUCAUCGUUGAACACUUUGAAGGAAGCUCGCGAUAAUCAGUUUAAAAUACUGAAACGUUCAGCAGUGGAUCAGAAUGGAACACUUCAUGAGCAAAAUAAAAUACUGGUGAAAAUUUGUGUGCUGAUGGCAGAGCAGUCAAUUGCAAUCAGGGACAAUGAGCAAGCUAUUCAUCACUAUCGCGAAGCACUUAGGAUAACCCCGACCGAAGUCAGUUUACUGUCUGCAUUAGCUCGAACCUAUAUGCACUUGAACAAUAUGGACCAAUGUCAGUCGACAUGCGCUACCAUACUACAAAUUGAUCCAAACAAUGAGGCAGCUUCGGUUAUGAUGGCUGAUUUAUCAUUCCGAAGGAUGGAUUUCGAAAAUGCUGCCUUUCAUUUCUCUCAGUUGCUGCUAUCACAACCGACUUACUGGACGGCGCUGGCAAGGUUGAUAGAGGUCAUGCGGCGAUCAGGAAGCUUACAUGAUGUUCAGCAGUUUUUGCACCGGGCCGAAGAUGAAUGUUUACGUCCAGAUACCGAGGCUGGAUUGAAUUACUGCAAGGGCUUGAAUGAAUGGUAUGGGGGCAAUCCAAACAGUGCUCUUAGAUUUUUCAACAACUGUCGUAGAGAUCCGGAAUGGGGUCAACAAGCUAUUUACAACAUGAUUGAAAUUUGUUUGAAUCCAGACGGAGAUCUUCCGAACGAAGGGGUGAUCGAUAUUGGAGCUGAUGAUCUGGAAAUCAAAGAUUCCAGAGCAAUGGCCCUAAGAACUGCUGAACGAUUGCUGAAGGAACUAAAGCCUCGUCCUGGUGUCAUUGAUAACGAAGCACUAAAUCAUCGAUUGUUGGAAAAUUUUCACUUGCUUGCAUCUAGACAAAAGCACAAUAUCGAUCGUUCAUUGCAAGAUUUCACAGCAAUUGCCACUCAAGAAGAAUAUAAAGAACAUGUGGGAGCAAUCUAUGGUAUGGCAUCAGCAUACGUUAUAUCAAAACAAUCACAAAGAGCUAAAAAUCAGUUGAAAAGAAUUGCCAAAACGAAUUGGACAUUCGAGGAAGCUGAUUAUCUCGAAAAGUCUUGGUUACUGUUGGCCGACUUGUACCUUCAAGCUGGUAAAUUUGAAAUGUCUACAGAUUUACUGAGACGUGUUCUAGAGCACAACAAGUCAUGCACUAAGGCAUAUGAACUUUUAGGACUGCUUUCAGAGAAGGAGCAAAAUUAUCGCAAUGCAACAAUGUAUUAUGAUUCGGCAUGGAAAUGUAGCGCCAAAUCGAAACCAAACAUCGGCUAUAAGUUAGCCUUUAAUUAUAUGAAAAUUAAACGAUAUGCUGAAGCUAUUGACAUUUGCCAGCAAGUAUUGAAGAUCCAUCCAGACUAUCCGUCAAUUAAAAAGGACAUUCUCGAUAAAUGCAGAAACAAUUUGAAAAAUUGAGCGUAUCGUCGGUCAUCGAAUGAAAAUAAAAUCUUCAGAUAUUCCGU